GCCCCUUUCCGCCGUCAAAGGCAAGAGUUCCCUUUGGAGCUUGAAGGUCCGCCAUGGCGUUCGGCGGCGCCGCUGUCCGGUUGCGGCCUCUUCAGCUGCUGCGGCCGCUGACGUGGAAGGCGGCGGCUCCGAGCGGCGCCCGUGCCGCUUCGGACACGCCAAAAGUCUUGCUGCCUGGGCCUUACCCCAAAACUCCAGAGGAACGGGCAGCUGCGGCAAAAAAGUACAACAUGAGACUGGAGGACUAUGAACCUUAUCCAGAUGAUGGCAUGGGUUACGGUGACUAUCCCAAGCUUCCUGACCGAUCCCAACAUGAGAGAGAUCCUUAUUAUGAGUGGGACCAGCCUGAGUUAAGGCGUAACUACGGCGAGACAUUGCAUUGGGAUUUUGAUAUGUUCAUCCGGACCCGGGUCGACACAUCUCCCACUCUCGUGCCCCGGAACACAAUGCUUAAAUACCUCUUCGGCUUCAUUGGCUUCAUGGGCUUCAUGUUGUUUCUUGGCGAGAUAUAUCCGUCCUACCAGCCUGUGGGCCCAAAGCAAUAUCCAUACGGCGACCUGCAUGUGGAACGAGGGGGGGAUCCCAGCGAAACACCUGUGGUGAAACAUUAUGAGAUAUAAGAAUGGCCAGAACUGCAACUCCUCUUUUAUCCUUCUGAUCAGGAUUAUCUAUAAAACAAACUAUACACCACA